AUGUACACCGUUCUUUUGGCCAAUUUUGUAAUGAAUCUUUGCACAUUACCUUCAGAAAUUGUAAUUACUAUAGUCGCCUUCAGCAAUAACGUAACACCUCUAUGGCAUGCUUUGUAUGGUACAGCAAUUAACGUAUGUUUUUAAAUUUUUUUAUAUUCUACCCUACCCUACCCUACCCUACCCUACCCUACCCUACCCUACACUACCCUAUUUUGAAAAUGCAUUUUAGUUAGUCCAACAGCUACCUCUAGCCCUAAGCUUUAAUUUAUCCUACAUUUGCCAUACUUCAAACUACAAAUUUUUAAGAAACAAUUUCAGAUUGACUACUGCUGCCUCGCCGUGUACACUUUAUUUGCGAACCUCUUUGCCUUUCACAAAUUAGGCGUUAUCCUUCAAAGUAAUCAAGUCCAGCCAAUGAAGUUGACAUUACGCCAAGACCAAAAUGCACAUUUUAGUGCGUUACAACAGACCUGGGAUUUAAAGUUUAAACAAACUAAAUAG